CCAAAACACAACAGACACAAACAAUGCGCAGCCACUGCUUGAAAACAUUAACAGACAAACUCAAUCAGCCACAGUAGACUGAUGCUUCCGCUUCUGGGUGGAUCACGUGACACGCAGGCGGAAAGAACGAAACAAUAACAAAUGCUUCCGUCGCGCUGUGAUGAGGUCAUAGCCUCGGAGGCAUGGAGGAGGCAACAUGAAUAAAGGCUGGUUAGAGCUGGAAAGCGAUCCAGGACUUUUUACACUGCUGGUUGAAGAUUUUGGAGUGAAAGGGGUGCAGGUGGAGGAGAUCUAUGACCUUCAGAGCAAGUGCCCAGGGCCAGUGUAUGGCUUUAUCUUCCUAUUCAAAUGGAUCGAGGAGCGGCGAUCGCGCAGGAAAGUCUCCACUCUGCUGGAUGACACGUCCGUUAUGGAAGAUGAGGUUGUCAACAACAUGUUCUUUGCCCAUCAGCUGAUCCCUAAUUCAUGUGCUACUCACGCACUCCUGAGUGUCUUACUGAACUGUGGUGGGGUUCAUCUGGGGCCCACACUGAGCCGGAUCAAGGAAUUCACCAAAGGAUUCAGCCCAGAGAGUAAAGGUUAUGCGAUUGGGAAUGCUCCAGAACUGGCAAAAGCUCACAACAGCCAUGCCAGACCAGAGCCCCGCCACCUGCCUGAGAAGCAGAAUGGGAUCAGCGCUGUUCGGACCAUGGAAGCUUUUCACUUUGUCAGUUAUGUUCCUAUUAAAGGACGACUUUUUGAACUUGAUGGGUUGAAAGUCUACCCUAUUGACCAUGGUCCCUGGGCAGAGGAUGAAGAAUGGACAGACAAGGCUCGCAGAGUGAUCAUGGAGAGGAUCGGGCUGGCUACAGCAGGGGAGCCGUAUCAUGACAUUAGGUUUAACCUGAUGGCAGUGGUGCCUGAUCGAAGGCUUAAAUAUGAGGGCAAACUUAACAUUUUAAAGAUGAACAGACAGACUGUGCUGGAGGCAUUGCAACAGUUGAUAAGAGUAACUCAGCCGGAACUGAUUCAGGCUCAGAAGUCUACAGAUGGCCAGAGCACAGAAGAAACAAAGAGUCCUGCAAUAAAGGCUCCAGUGUCCCAGGAGAGCCAUCGGGCCCACCAUGGAUCCCACAGGAGCACCACAGACUUGGGUGCAGAACCAGCAGGGUCCCUCCUCCGAGGCCCUGUUCUGUCUGCUCAUAAUAAAUCCAAACCCCUACCCCAGAACGGAGGUAUUGUACCUGCACCAGCUUCACGACUGCCGGCCUUCCUUGACAACCAUAACUAUGCCAAGUCACCUAUGCAGGAAGAGGAGGACUUGGCUGCAGGGGUGGGCAGAUCGCGCGGUGUCCCUCCACCUGCUCCAGACACAGAUGAAGAGGAAGAAGAGGAAACUGAAAAUGUUAGAAGACCCCUGACACCUCCGGGGUUCAAGAGAAGGAGUUCAGAGUCUUUGCCUCCACCCCCAGGACCUGAACCUGGUGUUUUAGCAGAGAAACUAAAAGAGACACAGAGGGAUUUGUGCUCCCCCCUUUCCAUAAAAACAGGAGCUCCUACUGCUCCCCACUCUCAGCCUUCCCCUACCCCAAGCAACGAGAGCACAGACACUGCCUCGGAAAUUGGUAGUGCGUUUAACUCCCCACUUCGUUCUCCUCUAAGAUCUGCCAACCCGACCCGUCCCUCCAGUCCUGUCACCUCUCAUUUGUCCAAAGUUCUCUUUGGUGAGGAGGAACCACUGUCACGUCUAGACUGUGUGCGCUAUAAUAGAGCAGUGCGGGAACUGGGACCACAUAUCAGCACUGGGAUUCUGCAUUUGAGCAAGGAUGGAUACCUGUCCCCACUUAGCAGGCUAGACACAGGUAAAGUAUCACCCAAGAGUCACAAAGCAGAGGAGCCAAGAGAGAGUCCAGAGCCAGACUCCGAGCGCAACAGAGUCACAGAAGCUCCCCAAGGGGAAAAAUUUUCUCCUAAGGAGCUGCUAGCUUUGCUGAAGUGUGUCGAAGCUGAAAUCUCUGCAUCAGAAGCCUGUCUGCGGGAGGAACUAGAAAAACGCAAAAAAUUCAAGAUUGAUGACCAAAGACGGACUCAUAACUAUGAUGAAUUUAUCUGUGCGUUCAUCUCGAUGUUGGCUCAGGAAGGAAUGCUAGCAAGCUUGGUGGAGCAGAACAUCUCUGUUCGGAGACGUCAGGGGGUCAGCAUUGGUCGACUGCACAAACAGAGGAAACCAGACAGGCGCAAAAGAUCCCGUCCUUACAAGGCCAAGAGACAAUAAACAACCCAAAGCUAGAGGUUAUGCGUCAUCACCAAUAAGUUCAUGUAGAAAGAACUGAUAUCUGUGCUGUAGAUAUUGCCACUCACCAAUGCUAAAAUACUUGAAUUUUAAAACUGUCGAAUAGUGAAUUGCUAUUUCACACCCAGUGUUUGGGUAUAUACGUGUAGUGAUCUGACAUAUGUAUACAAUGACCUGUGUAUAUGAUGUACAUAACCAGUUUUUAUACCCCCCCCCUUAUAAAUACUUUGUUAUAUAAGUUCUGUUUAACAUUCAGUGGCUUGUGAGUUCACUUCUAGCUCAUGUUGCACAACACGUUUGUCUUUUAUUUAGUGUUACACAUAGGCCAGAAUUAUUGUCAUUAUCUCAUAUUAAGAUGGAAAAACUUGUUUUCUUUAUUGGCGGUAGCUUUAAAGUGAAUCAUGUUCAAAAAUGGUGGGUUGUGACCCACUUUCAAUUACUGUCUGAUUGUCACAGAAUUUUCAUCAUAAAAUAAACAAUGAAUAAUUA